AUGACAUCAUCAAGUUAUAUGCUCGAACGAGAACUCGGUUCAGCAAGAGCAAUAAUUAAUGCAUAUUCGAAUGUUCCACUUACGCAACAGCCUCAAUAUAAUGCUUAUCUUGGAUCAUAUGGUAUGUCAAGUCAGUUACCAUAUACAACCACAUUUACAAAUUUUAAUUACCUUGGAUACGGAACUGGUUCUACAGAAAGUAUUGAAUCUAAAAAUGUUUUAGUUGAUUUACAAGGUCAAGUACGUUUAUUAAAAAAAGAUUUAGAAAAUAGAGAUGCUCGUGUUCUGGAAUUAACAACAAUGAAAGAUGCAGAUAAACAUGUUCAUUUUGAAUCAGAUCGAUAUGGAUCAACUCAUGACUUACGUGAAACAACAAUAAAAUUAGCUGCUAAAGAUGACCGUAUCAAUGAAUUAAAAAAGGAAAAUGAUUUAAUUAUUCAUGCUAAUUAUCAAUUACGUUUACGUGUACAUGAAUUGGAAUCAAGUGUUAAUUCAUAUGAUUCUGUUUCUAAUAAAUCAACAUUAACUAUAUCAUCAAUACAAAAAGAUGCAAAAGAAAAACAAGAUCAAUUACUUGAAUUACAAGCACGUACAAGAACACAUAUGGAAGAACGAGAAGCAAGCGAAAGGAAAAUGGAUGUUUUACAUAAAAAAAUACAAGAAUUAUUUGCACAAUUAAGUGUUACAGUUGGACAUAAUUAUGGACAACCUAGUGCUGCUUCAUUUGAAACAGUUAUAAGCAGAAUUGCUGAUAUCAAUGCUGAAAAUACGGUGCUAAAAGGUAAACUGGUUACAAUUGAAGAUACAAAUAAAUUAUUAGAAAAAGAAGCUCAAUCAAAUCGUGCAACAAUUCAACAAAUGGCAAAUCAAUUACAAUCCCAUGUUCAUUAUAAUGUAAAUCAUUGUUUACAAAAUGAUACAAUAAAAGCUGAACGUGAUGCUGCACUUCAUGAUAAAGAAACAAUAAAAGCAGAACUUGAAACAGUUAAAUCACGUCUUGAUUCAAUUCAAAAAGCUUGGCAAAAUACUCGUGGUGAAUUAGAUCAACGUGAAAUUAAAUAUUCAUCACAUGAGUUACAUAUGAAACAAAUAGGAAAUGAUGUUGUUUAUAUAAAAUCAUGUUUUGAUGCAUUUAAACAACAAAUUGCACAAUUAUUAUCUGAUGGUUAUGUUAAAGUUAAACCAAAAGAACAAGAAAUUAAAGAAAAAAUUCAAUUAUUAAUGCAAUCAAGUAAAGAACGAGGCAUUAUAAUUACUAAUCUACAAAAUCAAAAAGAACAAUUAGCUAAACAAUUACAAGCACAAAUUGAUAUAAAUAAAGAAGUAGAUAAAAAAUGGAUGACCACUCAUUUUGGUAUACGACAAUUCGUCCCUUACUGUUCGUACGACACGAUUCGUCCUAAAUAG